UUUAAACACCCAAACCUCUUCUAUAUACAUGGCAGACUUACAUACAACAAUACUCUACAAGAUCAACAAGAAAUCAGAAAACUAAGUCAUGGCGGGAGGCAGUGGGUCGAAGAAGGUUCAAGCACGAGGAUUGGCUCAUGGCGGUGGCGCAGCCUACGCUGCCACCACCAUCACCACCGCCGAAGGAGAAGAGCUGACUGUUUCGGAGUUCAUUUCACGCUUAGACGAGGCAGGAAGGAGAAGGCUUGAGAGUAUGAAUCAGAAGCUGAGGGAUUUGGAGAAUCAGAUGGAGGCGUUGGAGAUGGAGAUGAGCAAGGCGAAUGAAUGCUGUUGAACGGAGUUUAGGAGGAAUUUGUAAUCUAUGAUAUGAACUGUAUGUUGUUAGGUUGUGGUAGUCUUUGAUUUGCAGGUUAGAAUUAUAUAUAUAAAUAUAUAUAUACGACGUAGGCGUUAUUCAGAGGUUAAUUAGAGAAAGAAAGUGUUGGGUGGGGGAGAGAAUGAUUGAAUUUUCCAUCAUAAUUGAUGUUGUCAAGUACUAUAUUAAAUUAUGAUAUUUGAAAUUUUAAAAAUUAAUUUGGGGACUGUACAAA